AUGGCGAACUGGAAGCUCGGAGCUUGUUUAAUUGUGGGCGCGGCGCGGGCCAUCACCGCACUGGGGCCGCCGCAACACAUCGCGAACGACGAGGCAUGGAACGUCCUUCAGUCGACGUUCCGGUCCCAGCCCGAGUCCGUUUCGGCGUAUUCCGAGUACCCCGAGUACCCCGAGUACAACAUCUCUGUCCCCGUGGAUCAUUUUCACAACGACUCGCGAUACGAACCCCAUUCCGAUGAACACUUCAACCUUCGUUUCUGGUUCGACGCGAAGCACUACCGCAAGGGAGGCCCCGUCAUCAUCCUGGCCGCUGGAGAGACGGAUGCCAAGGAGCGUCUGCCCUUCCUGGACCAUGGCAUCCUCUCUAUCCUCACCGAAGCCACUGGCGGCGUUGGUGUUGUCCUGGAGCAUCGUUACUACGGCAAGAGCUUCCCCGUGCCUGAUCUCAGCACUGAGAACCUCCGCUUCUUGAGUACCGACCAGGCUCUUGCAGACACGGCCUACUUCGCAAAGCACAUCAGCUUUCCCGGCCACGAGGACCUGAAUCUUACCGCCCCAGGAACCCCCUACCUCGCUUAUGGAGGCUCUUAUGCCGGUGCCUUCGCCGCUUUCUUGAGAAAGCUCUAUCCAGAAGUCUUCUGGGGCGGCAUCUCCUCCUCCGGUGUCACGGCCGCCAUUAUUGACUACUGGGAGUACUACGAAGGAGCCAGGCUAUUCGCACCUGGAGACUGUGCUGAAACGACCCAGAAGCUGACCCAGGUUGUCGACAACAUCCUGCUUGGCAAGUCUGAAGAUGUCAAAGCUAGUCAUGUGAGCGGGCUCAAGGAUCUCUUCGGCCUUGGCCCGCUUCAAGAUGACGACUUUGCCAGCACCCUUUCCUAUGGCAUUUCCGGCCUUCAGUCAACGAACUGGGACCCGGCUCUUGACUCCACCGGCUUCGGAACCUAUUGCGCCACCGUCAGCUCUGACAAGGUGUUGUUCGGUAGCACUCGCCACCUCAAGCCUGCCGUUGAGAAGUUGCUCUCCGUCAGCGGCGCCGACGUGAAGCUGACGAACCGCUUGCUCAACUACGUCGGCUAUGUAAGGGAUUACGUCAAGAAGGGCUGCAAAGACGGAGAUCUGGUGAAGUGCUUCUCGAGCCGGAACUCGAGUGACCACCAAAACACUACCCUUUAUCAAGGUUCUGGUCGCAGCUGGCUUUACCAGGUAUGCACAGAAUGGGGCUACUUCCAGACUGGCUCCGGCGUGCCCGAAGACCAACUUCCGCUCAUUUCGCGCGUCAUCGACGUCGAGUACAGCUCUAUCUACUGUCGUGAGGCUUUCAACAUCACCAAGCCCCCGAACGUGGACGCCAUCAACAAGCACGGCGGUUUUGACUUCAGCUACCCCCGCGUCGCCAUCGUCGACGGCGAAGCUGACCCCUGGAGAGCUGCUACACCGCACAAGAUUGGCUUGAACCGCAAGUCGACAACAAGCGAGCCGUUCCUUCUCAUCGAGCUUGGUGUCCACCACUGGGACGAGAAUGGCGUGAAACCCAAGGACGUCACUUCGCACUUCCCCCCUGCUUCCAUCAAAAAGGUGCAGGCCCAGGAAGUAGAGUUCGUCACGGCCUGGAUGAAGGAGUGGGAGGAGACCCAGCGCCAAGUAACCGGUGGAAAAGCGCUUGAAGAGCUGUAG